UGAGAAUGAUGGUCAAGAAAAUUAGAGUUCUAGCUCUGUCGCCCUGAAUAUAUCGGCUCUUUUUGUUUUCUUCUUCCCUUUUAAAACUUGCCUCAUUUUAGUUUUUUUUUGUUCUAUUUCGAUCCUUCCAUUCACUUCCUGUUCACAUCUUGCCUCCGUUUGUGAUCUUUGGCAUCUAAUCUCAUCGAAUCAAUAUACAUAUAUUCCUUACAAGCAUCCAAUCUUCAGGUUUGUCGUUCCAUAUUUGAUUCAUCGGAGAUAAGAAGGGUGUUUCUGGAUUUUCAAUUCGUUUCUAUAUACUCGAUGGUGGAGGAAUUAGGGUUCAAAGUGCUUCAAUGGCGGUUUGAUUUGAGAUGACGGAAAAGGUGCCACUCCUUAUAUGUGAAGCAACGGAGAGGAUGCGUGUGCCUUUCCUUGGAUGUACUGGUUGGUAGGUGGAUUGGACAUUUUGAAGCUUUGAAUGCCUGAAUAAUUUGAUUCCCGAGCACGGCCGCCUGCUCGGGAUACAUUGACCAAGUUCGAGUGAUCGGGUCAACUGCCAAUGGCUGCAUCAGGGAAGGAGCAAACCCAUCUUCUGGAUGUGCAGCUGCAGGAGCAGUCAUCACCUCCUGAGGGGGUUAUUAUGCAUAAAUUUCGACUAUAUGAAACCAGCUCGAAAUUUUACCUGAUAGGGAGGAAUAAGAGCAGAACAUACUGGAGAGUUUUGAAAAUUGACAGGAUGGAGCCUUCUGAACUUAUCAUUCGUGAAGAUUCAACCACUUACACAGCAAUUGAGUGCUCCGAUUUGUUGAGGAGAAUACAUGAAGGAAACAGAUCAACGGGAGGAUUGAAGCUUGUCACCACAUGUUAUGGAAUCAUUGGUUUUGUAAAGUUUCUGGGGCCUUACUACAUGUUGCUUAUUACAAAGAGGAGGCAGAUUGGUGACAUCUGUGGUCAUACCAUAUAUGCAAUCUCAAAGAGUGAGAUAAUCGCACUUCCAAGUUCUUCUGUUCAGUCAAAGAUGGCUAAUUAUAAAAGUGAACGCAGAUAUAAAAAGCUCAUGCGUAUGGUUGACCUUACAAAGGACUUCUUCUUCAGCUAUUCAUACCAUAUAAUGAGGAGUCUACAAAAGAACAUGUGUGGCAAUGAGAUAGGGCAAGUCCCUUAUGAUACCAUGUUUGUAUGGAAUGAAUAUUUGACCCGUGGAAUACGAAAUAUCAUCCAUAAUACUUUCUGGACAGUGGCAUUGGUCUAUGGAUUUUUCAUGCAGUCUACCAUUUCAAUAGAUGGGCGAUACUUCAAACUGGCACUUAUUGCACGGCGGUCACGUCAUUAUGCUGGCAUGAGAUAUUUGAAACGGGGUGUGAAUGAAAAGGGAAGAGUAGCCAAUGAUGUUGAGACAGAACAAAUUGUAUUUGAGGAUGCCACAGAAGGGUUUCCAAUGCAGAUUAGCUCAGUUGUCCAAAACCGUGGGUCAAUUCCACUCUUUUGGUCACAGGAAACGUCACGCCUAAAUCUUAAGCCUGAUAUAGCAUUGUCAAAGAGAGAUCAAACUUACGAAGCAACCAGACUGCACUUCGAGAACCUUGCCAAGAGAUAUGGGAACCCCAUAAUUAUUUUGAAUUUAAUAAAGACCAAUGAAAAAAAACCCAGGGAAUCCAUUCUUCGUACUGAGUUUGCUAAUGCAAUAGAAUCUAUCAAUAAGGAUUUAUCAGAAGAACAUCGUCUUAAGUUUCUUCACUGGGACUUGCACAAGCACUCACGGAGUAAAGACACAAAUGUCUUGUUUUUCCUGGGAAAAGUGGCUGCAUAUGCAUUGACUUUAACUGGGUUUUUCUACUGCCAAGCAACACCACCCUUAUUAUCUGAAGCAUCUCCAAGGUGGCCUCAACUUGUGAGUGCUGAUGCAAGCUCUAUGGCCCAAUUGGGACAUUGUAAUCCUGAUAACGAGGAACAUGGUGGUGACGAGAACAGCAGCUUUGAUAAUGUUGAAGGGAAAUCGGAUGGUGUUCCUUCCAUAAAGGCUCCAUUAUUACAGAAGGGGGUUCUCAGGACAAAUUGCAUAGAUUGUUUGGACAGAACUAAUGUGGCACAAUAUGCAUAUGGUUUGGCUGCUUUGGGUCAUCAGCUUUGUGCUCUAGGAGUUACAAGCUCAACAAAUAUUGACCUGGAUGAUCCUUUAGCUGAGGAUUUAAUGGGGUUCUAUGAGAGAAUGGGUGAUACACUUGCCCAUCAGUAUGGUGGCUCUGCUGCUCAUAACAAGAUUUUCUCUGAGAGAAGGUGUCAGUGGAAAGCAGCAACUCAAUCACAGGAGUUUUUGAGAACUCUUCAGAGAUACUACAACAAUGCAUAUAUGGAUGCAGAAAAACAAAAUGCUAUUAAUAUAUUCUUGGGGCAUUUUCAGCCUCAAAAAGGAAAACCUGACAUUUGGGAGUUGGAUUCUGAUCAGCAUUACACUGUGGGCAGGAAUGUGGUGCCAAAUAUUGAUGAAAAUGGAAGAUCUGUCUUCAAAAGAUCAUUCUCAGAUGGGAAUAUUCUCCAUGAAAUUCAAUCACCCACACCCACCAGGUCCUUCAAAAGAGAUUUUUCUAACAUCAAUUUUUCUGAUCAAUCACAAGGAAGCAAAGUUCUUCCAUCAACCCCAGAAAUCUCUACUUGCCAAAUUGGUUUAACGGCUUCUAGGUGUACUCCCUCCAUGCCUGGAAGGGAGGUUUUUGUAGAGCUGCAGGGAGAUAAACUCAAAGAACACGAAAGUGGGGAUGCAUCUGACUGCUCAAACUUUGUAGACUUAGACUGGCUUUCUUCAUCUGGGAAUUCUUAUGAUGAAGAACUAUUAGAAAGAUCAAUGUACACAGCCUCUCCUAUUGCUGGUGCAUCAUCAGAUAAUGUUGCCAAUGUUAUUGUCGGAGACAUGCCCAGUGAAGGUGAACAUAGUACGAAGGGAAAGAUGUGUUAUGGUGACGAAGUUGGAGUUGAUUACAAGGAUGCCCACACUCAUAAAGUUCUAGAGGAAUUUUCAGACAGUUUUGUGGGUUGGGUUACAUAUGGAGAAACACUCUGUCAUUGAUCUAAAUGUGCAGUGGAGAGGAGAGGAUGAACGUCACCGAGCUUUAUACAGGGCACUGACAAAGCCAAUUUGAUUUUUUAAAAAUAUAUAUUUCAAAAAAAAAAACUAUUCUUUCAGGAGGGCAAGUGCUGCUGCUUUCCUAACUUGUUUUCUUUUGUGCGAUGUUGUUGUAAAUGAAUAUGCAAGCAAAAUUUUUUUUGACUGGAACUGAUGAAGAUCUACUACUACUUUAUGUUGUAAAUGAACGAACAUGAAAGCAAAUUUUCGAUGUUUUUUUGAGACACAUUUGCAUUAGAAAGAUGAUACGGGGAAGGCUUAGACCGAUU